AUUAACGAAAACACAACAACAUUAACGAAAACACAACGGAAAAGGUAUGUCCCAGUGGGAGACCUAAGAAAUCGCUGAUUGGACUACAGCUCGUUUUACUUUUGAACCGGAAGUUAUUCUGGCUACAACGUGUUUUUUAAUAACAUGAAUGUUCUCGGUGAUCCAAACCUUACUACUGCUAUUCGAGAGUCUUUUGACUCAGGACAUACAUAUGAGGUGAUACUGGACAUGCUUCGGACUAACCACAAAGUGUCAGUUAGUAUGCGUUCACUAAAGACUUAUUUAAAAGAAGCGGGGCUACAUAGAAGAGGCAACUACUCUCCACUUCGGGAAGUGAGGCGUGCCAUUACGGCCGAGCUGAGAGGACCAGGGCAAUUAUUUGGCUAUCGGACCAUGUGGCAAGUUCUCAAACAAAAACACAACCUGUGUGUCAAACGUGAUGUUGUAAUGAGACUGCUGAGGCAGCUGAACCCUCAAGGCAUCGCUCUGAGGACUCGCAGGAGAUUUACAAGGCGCACCUAUCACUCUAUGGGGCCCAAUUACAUAUGGCAUGUAGACGGCUACGACAAACUGAAGCCAUUCGGCUUGGCCGUCUCAGGAUGCAUUGAUGGAUUUUCGAGAAGAAUGAUGUGGCUUGUUUGUGGGGCAACAAACAACAAUCCUUCUGUCAUUGCCCAGCAUUAUAUAAACUGUGUCAAGAGUCUUGGAGUGAUACCAAUGAGACUACGAACAGACCUCGGCACAGAGAACGGGACUGUGGCAGCAAUACAGUGUACCCUCCGCCAUGCGCAUACGGAUUAUUAUGCUGGGUCAUCAAGCCACAGUUACGGAUCAUCCACAGGGAAUCAACGCAUCGAGUCAUGGUGGUCUUUUUUCAGAAGAGGAAGGUCUCAGUUUUGGAUGGACUUGUUUGGAGAUUUAAGAGACUCCGGAAACUUCAACGGAAGUGUUGAGCACCAGUGCUUGCUCAGAUUCUGCUUCACCAGAGUUCUGCAGAAAGACCUGGAUGAAUGCAAAAAUCUCUGGAAUAACCACAGGAUCCGGCCAAGCAGACUUGCAUCAUGUCCUGGGGGGAUUCCAAACGAACUCUAUCUCUUGCCUCACAGAUAUGGUUCAAGAGAUUGUGGAUUUCCUGUUGAGGACAGUGAUCUGGAUGUUUUCCCAGAAGCAAGUCAGGUGACAGAGUUGUGUGGUGAUAAAGACAUCGAGGAAUACCUACAGCAAGUCAUGCAACAACAUGGACAACAGCAGUCACAAAACUGGGAGUCAGCUAUGGAACUGUAUUUAUUCCUCAAACACAUAGCAAGGCUGUAGACACAAACAACCUGAAUAAAUUUUUUUUAUAUAUUUUGUGUCCUGUUCAUUUUACUCAAAUGAAAACUCAUUGUUAUGGUAAGAACA